GCCUUCCAUCCCUGCCCCCUGAUCCAGCCAGCUGUCUGAUUGUGAGUUGGUAUGGCCGAGGAAGGUGAUGUGGACGAGGGGGAUGUGUUCCUGGCAUUUGCCCAGGGUCCCUCUCCUCCCAGGGGUCCCGUGCGACGUGCCUUGGACAAGGCUUUUUUUAUCUUCCUGGCCCUCUUCCUGACACUGCUGAUGCUGGAGGCUGCUUAUAUGCUGCUGUGGCCACUACCAUGGGCAAAGUUAGGGGACUGGCUCCUGGGGACACCUCAGAAGGAGGAGGAGCUGGAAUUGUGACCACCUUUCCUAUAAACAUCCUCUUUCCUCGCCAAGGAGCUCUCCCAGAAGAGGAGGCGGAGACCCAGGUAUUUUAGGAGCCUCGUUUCGUCUCACAGACC